CAGGAACGUGGCAGAGGGCGGGCCGGAGACCGAAUGUGCGGCGUCCUGGUCUCUGCUGAAUGGGCGGCCGGGGCGGCGGCGGUAUGAGUGCGUUGCGGGGCUUUGCAGGAGCCGCGACCAGUGCUUGCCACUCCCCGCUAGUACACGGAAGCGCUGGGCGGUGAGGAAAGCGACCGCAAAGAGGAGGAGGAGGAGCAGCAGCGGCAGCGGCGGCAGCAGCAGCAGCAGCAGCAGCAGCAGCAGGAGGAAAGUGGGCGGCGGGUGGCCGGAGUGGGGUCUCCGGCGACUGUAGCUGUUGCCCUUGGGCCAGACCUUCCUAAGCCUGGGAAUCAUGGCAUCUCUGGUCCACACAGUCCAGGAGAAUGGGCGCAUAGCAGCCGGGCUCCUGCUCAACCUGCUGGUUUCCAUCUGCAUUGUUUUCCUUAACAAAUGGAUCUAUGUGCACUAUGGCUUCCCCAACAUGAGUCUGACCCUGGUGCACUUCGUGGUGACCGGGCUGGGCUUGUACAUCUGUCAGAAACUGGAUAUUUUUGCCCCUAAAAGUCUGCAGCCCUCCAAGCUGCUGCUCCUGGCCCUCAGUUUCUGUGGGUUUGUGGUCUUCACCAACCUCUCUCUCCAAAACAACACGAUAGGCACCUAUCAGUUGGCCAAGGCCAUGACCACCCCUGUGAUCAUUGUCAUCCAGACCCUGUUCUACAAGAAAACCUUCUCCGCCAAAAUACAACUCACCCUGGUACCCAUAACUUUAGGUGUCAUCCUAAAUUCUUAUUAUGAUGUGAAGUUUAAUUUUCUUGGAAUGGUGUUUGCUGCUCUCGGGGUGGUAGUUACAUCCCUCUAUCAAGUGUGGGUAGGAGCCAAACAGCACGAGCUACAGGUGAACUCCAUGCAGCUGCUAUACUAUCAAGCACCAAUGUCCUCUGCUAUGUUACUAAUGGUUGUGCCCUUCUUUGAACCCGUAUUUGGGAAAGGAGGAAUCUUUGGACCCUGGUCACUUUCUGCCCUGCUUAUGGUGCUGCUAUCUGGUGUUAUAGCCUUUAUGGUAAAUUUAUCCAUAUACUGGAUCAUUGGAAAUACUUCGCCAGUCACAUAUAACAUGUUUGGACACUUCAAAUUCUGCAUUACUUUAUUUGGAGGAUAUGUUUUAUUUAAAGAUCCACUGUCAGUUAAUCAAGGACUUGGCAUUUUAUGCACAUUAUUUGGCAUUCUAGCCUAUACUCAUUUUAAACUUAGUGAGCAGGAAGGUAACAGGAGCAAAAUGGUACAGCGUCCUUAAGGGAAUUUUCAUAGAGAAAAUAUAAUUGCCUCAGGCUGUUGAAAAAUGUUGCCGAAUAUGCACUGAUUUUUAUAAUCAAAAAAUUAAUUACUCAAAUCAAAAUCUACCACCAUAAAUUCUACUAUCAGGAUAUAAAAAUGAAGCGUAUUUUUACAUAUUAAACCUGAUUUUGAAUUUUUAAAUGAUUGUCUUCUCAAAACAAAGGUGGCCCACAUUGACUUUUGAGGGUCAUCUUUUGACCAUAAAAGAUGAUGACUUCAUCCAAAUGAGUACAUCAAAAUUAAGGUUGUUAAAGUUCGCCAGUACCAUGUUGCAAUUAGGAUAUUUUUUUGUAUUUAUGCACUAAGAAACAUUGAUGGCACAGGACUAUUUUCUAGGAUGUAAGUUUUCAUUGAAUAUAGCAUAUGCAUUAUCACUGGUCAUUUCUCAUCAAGUGGCAUAUAUAUUAUCACUUCGGGCGAAAUCUUAAAAUCCAAUGGAAUUGGAAAUUCCAUUGGAUUUGGUUUAACUUCAGGAUUGUUUCAUUCAAAGAAAUCAAAUUGAUAAUAUGGCUAAGACAAACUUCAGUUCCAAAUUAAUUCUUUUUUGGAUGGAAAAGUUAAUGCAUAGGGAGGUAAGUUGUUAAGAAACUGAAGCUUCCUUGUAUUGAAUCGGACUUUGGACCUUUUUGAUCACACACUUGGUCCUGUAAAACAGAAAUACUUUCUAGACUCGCAGAAAAGUGCUGCCCAGGCUCUAAAUGGAAGCAGGCCAAGUGAAUCAUGGAAAUAACUAUAAUAAUGAUGAUAACUGUAAUGAUACCAGUCAGAGUUUGUGAUCUUUUCCCAUCCUCCUUGGCAAGCUAAAUACCAAGCAUUUCAGAGCUGUAGCUUUUGAUGCAACAAAUCGGGGUUGCCCAGGCUCUAAGAAUGCUUCCCCUCUCCCUUUGCCAUUGAAGAUCAGUGUGAACUAUGCCCAGCCUAACAUAGGUGACAGAAAGAAUCCGAAGUAACAAGUUGAGGCAAAAACUGUUUAAAAUAUCAGGAGUAUCUAGGGAGAAAGAUAGGAAAGAGAGUCAUUUGACCUGGAGAAUCAUUUGUAUUGUAAUUAUUUUCCAUGACAACUUGUGAUGGAGAUUUUUUUAAAGCUUAAAUACAGCAUUGUAUCUUCUGGGAGAAAAAACAGACAGUAGAAAGAAAAAUGAUUAUACAAGGGAGAAAAUAUUGUGCCAUGUACUUAGGAUCACCUAUUAUCGAUAGUGCUUGAAGUCAGAGCCUAUAUAGAGAGUGUUUUAAGCUAUUAAAGGUUAAAAUGACACUGCGACUUUUAGGGCACUUUGUAUAAGGUAGAUGAAUGAUAACAACUGUCUAUCAUGAUAAAGGGAACUCUGGAUAGUUGUUUUCUUCUAUAAGAAUUAUUUUUCUAAGCAUUGUUAUGGGUUCUUUAAAUUUUUACUUUUUCCAAUUGUAUUUAAAAACAAUUUUUAACAGUUCAUUUUUUUCAAUUUUGAGUUCCAAAUCUUCUCCCUCCCUAAGACACCAAGCAAUUUGAUAGAGGUCCUACAUGUUAAACAGUAUUAUUUGUGAGAAGCAGUGUGGCUCUGUGGAUAGAGGGCCUUGCCUCAGAGGCAGAAGAGACUUUUUUGAAUAACCAGCACCUGACACAUACCAGCUGGGGGACCAUGGGCAGGUCACAACCUCUUGGUGCCCAAGGCAACUAUUGGAUUCUGGAUCUGCUUCUGAAGAGGGAAAUUGCAUACCCAGAAUCCUCUGCACUGAUGAAAGUUUUUUUAAAAUUCUUCAGACAUUUCGAGCAGCAGCAGCUUUGUAAAACCAAGGGCUAACUGAAGUUAUAGUCUAUGUUGGAUCAAUUUGAACUGUGUGGCCUCUCUUCAAAUCUAUUUUGAUAACAUUUCAGUUGUAAGUCUGUUAUGGUUUUUUGUAUUUGUAUUUUUUAGAACAACUUUUGGUUCUCCCCAAGUUAUAGAACUGUUUGUUUCAUCGUAUUAAGAAUUAUAAAGCAAUUUACUUAGAUAUGUUUUCUGCAUAAUGUUGAUGUUUUACCUUAUGCCAUGUUAAAAUGAAGAUAAGCUACUGCUGUGUGUUUUCAGAGCAGUGAUGAUGAACUGUAAAUUCUAUACUAUAUGCACUGAUUUGUGCUGUGCACAAACUCUUUAUUGUAAAUAAAAGUGGGGGCAUUUUUAGGGUUAGGAAACAUGACUGAUGUCAGAACAACGACACAAGCGGGUUGGGGGACAUGCUAUCCAUAGAUAUACAAGUAAUGUUAGAAGCAUACAAUGUAAUCUAUAAGAACCACAGGAUGAGAAUGUUUUCUGCACAGAAGAUGAGCGUAAUGAAGAUGGAAAAAAUGCACUUGAAUCUCAAGAUUGAAGACAAGCCAAAAAGGCAGUAUGCUCGAAGAUGCUGUGGGUAGAACUCUACACUUAAAGACAAGAAGAUCUACAUUCAGAUCCUGCCUCCAAAACCAGCCGAGUGUGACACUAAGCAAAUCAUUUAACUUUUCUGAACCUCAGUUUCCUCACCUGGGAAAUAGGGAUGAUUGCAUCCAUCUUACAGGGUUGUUGUGAGGAUCGGGUGAAAUAAUGUAUUCAAAAGGCUCUGCAAACCUUAAAGAUUUAUACAAAUGUGAAUUAGUUUUUGAAGAAAACAAAUUAGAUUUUGGUUUACUAAAGCGACUAGAGCUGUCUUUAGUCCCAAGAUAAGCAGUUUUUAUUUAAUAAAUAAAGCUUGAGGCAUUUACUUUAAUUUGUAGAAAUUAAAUGACCCUCAAGACCCUUCCUGUCUCACAACUGUAAUGCUAACAGGAAAUGCAUGUUAAUAUCGAAUGAUCAUCUGCUUGGGUUCCAAAUAUGUAGAGUGUGGUCGAAUACAAUUCUUGUCUUCCUAUUUAAAUAGUAUUUCAGGGAAAGAGAAUAUGUUCAUAUGUCAAAAAAUUGUAUUCCUAGUUGCCAUUAACAUUUUGUUAACAGUUGCCAAAGUUUGAUACCUUAAUGUCAGCAAAUUUGUGUCACUUUUAAAAGUAAAUAUGGGCAUCCUCAUGUCCUGUUCAUGGCUAGCAAUCCAGCAUUGCAGUUAUCAGACUUGUUAUGUCUCUCAACCCCUAUUCCCGAAGUUACAGGAGUUUUUAUUAAUGGGAUUAUUUUGAACAAUGAAAAUGUCAUUUGAACUGUUUGAAUAAAAAGAACCCCUUUUCAAGGAAAA